AGAAUGGGGGGGCGUUUUCAGGGGGGCAGAAAGAGGACGGUAACAAACAACAACCAGUGACUUGUUAAUGCACAAUUUCCGACAGUUUGUCCUCACUUGUCGCUCGACAGGCGCAGAGUAGUGUCUCUGGAGAGCCAUGGACGAAGUGACAGGAGCUCAGCUGAUUGCCGAGUCUCUGAAGGCUCAGAGCGUGGAGUACAUGUUUGGGAUAGUUGGAGUUCCUGUCAUUGAAGUGGCCAUGGCUGCUCAGGCUGCAGGAAUCAAAUACGUGGGAAUGCGAAACGAACAAGCGGCAUGCUAUGCAGCCUCUGCCAUUGGAUUCCUUACAGGGAGACCAGGUGCCUGCCUGGUGGUGUCUGGACCUGGACUCAUUCAUGCUCUGGGUGGAAUGGCCAAUGCUAACAUGAACUGCUGGCCUGUGGUUGUUAUUGGAGGGUCCUCAGAUCGAAACCAGGAGACAGCAGGGGCCUUUCAGGAGUUUCCUCAGGUGGAAGCAUGUCGCCUUUAUAGCAAGUUCUCUGCCAGGCCCAGCAGUCUGGAAGCCAUCCCCUUAGUUAUAGAGAAGGCAGUUCGCACAAGCAUGUAUGGGCGUCCAGGGGCUUGUUACGUGGACAUUGCAGGGGACAUGGUCAAUGCUAAAGUGGACAGGAGCAAAGUCAGAGUUGUGUCCUGUUGUCCACCUCCACCAGUGAGCUUGGCUGACCACGGUGCCAUCACUGAGGCCAUUUCUGUGCUGAAAGCAGCUAAAAGACCCCUAGUCAUCGUUGGCAAAGGAGCAGCCUAUGGUCGAGCAGAAAUUGCUCUUCGGGAGUUUGUGGAAACGAGCGGUUUGCCGUUCCUGCCCACCCCCAUGGGGAAAGGAGUGCUGCCUGAUGAUCACCCCAACUGUGUGGCUGCUGCCCGCUCAAGAGCUCUUCUUCAGGCCGAUGUUGUGCUUCUGCUUGGGGCCAGGCUCAACUGGAUUCUGCAUUUUGGUCUGCCACCUAGAUUUGACCCUGAUGUCAGAGUCAUCCAGGUUGACCUUUGUGCUGAGGAGAUGGGGAACAAUGUGAGGCCGGCUGCUGCUCUCCUGGGAGACAUCAACGCUAUUGUCACUCAGCUCCUGACGUGUGUACACAAAGAUGGCUGGAAAUAUCCCUCUGAUACAGAGUGGUGGAGCACACUGAGGGACAAAAUUGCUGCUAAUGCAAAAAUAUCAAAGUCUCUGGCUCUGCAGUCAACAUUGCCCAUGAACUACUACACAGUGUUUCACCACGUCUCCCAGCUGCUGCCACAUGACUGCAUCAUUGUCAGCGAGGGGGCUAACACCAUGGACAUAGGACGCACUAUGUUGAACAACUACCUACCUCGACACAGGUUGGAUGCUGGCACCUUUGGAACAAUGGGAGUAGGUCUUGGGUUUGCGAUAGCCGCAGCCGCCGUGGAGAGGAGUGAGAGUAAAGGCAGAAGGAUUGUCUGUGUGGAGGGAGACAGUGCCUUUGGGUUUUCUGGCAUGGAGGUUGAAACCAUAUGCAGGUAUAACCUACCUGUGGUCAUUAUUGUGGUCAAUAAUAAUGGUAUAUACAGCGGAGUUGAUCCUGAGACUUGGAAAGAAAUGGCAAAAAUGGGAGAUCUGACCUCUGUGGCCCCACCUGUGACCCUCCUUCCUGAGGCACGCUAUGAUGAAAUUAUGGCAGCGUUUGGAGGUCAAGGCUUCCUGGUGAGGACGGUGGAGGAGCUGCGCAGUGCCUUACAGCUUAGCUUGACUGACUGGGAGAGACCGAGUCUCCUCAACGUGCUUAUCGACCCUUCCUCUGACAGAAAACAGCAGGAGUUUCCUUGGCUCACACGCUCCAACUUAUAGACUUGAAGAGAGGUCUGCCGCCUCCUUCGUCCAGAACAUCAGCAAAGCAGUGACAGUUUUCCUCCGCCAAGGAGGUUAUGUUUUCUCCCGUGUCUGUUUGUUUGUUUGUUUGUUUAUGUGUCAGCGGGAUUACACAAAAAGUACUGAACUGAUUUGCACCAAACUGGGUGGAGGGAUGAGGCUUGAACCAGGGAAGAUCCCAUUAAAUUUUUGGUCUUCAUUGUUUCCAUAAAUAUAACUUGAAAAUUUUUAUUGAUUCUUACUGUACAGCAGUGUUAAAAUUUACUACCACAAUAAAACAUUUUUUACACAUUAUA